UCGCAAAUUUUAUCAUUCAUGAUGGCUGUCGCAACCUAGAUAGCUAUAGUACAAGGAUAUUUUUUUACACACGUUUAGUUUGUACCAUACUCUCCAGGGAGACGGCCACUCGUGUGUCUAAUGUCUAGAUCGCCCAGGAUGUUCUCAAAGCCAAAGUCUUGGUUAUCAGGGACCAUAUGGAGGCCCAAAAAUCCCCACUCGUUGGAACAUUUGAAAUUUCUCUACAACGUUUUGUGCAAAAACCAGACUGUCACUGAGCAGAAUCGAGGGUUGUUGGUCGAGACUCUACGCUCCAUCUCUGAGAUACUGAUUUGGGGAGACCAAAAUGACAGCAGUGUUUUUGAUUUCUUCCUGGAGAAGAAUAUGUUGUCCUUCUUCUUACGCUAUCUGCAGCAGAAGUUUGGCCGUUACAUAUGUGUGCAGCUUUUACAGACGCUAAACAUCUUGUUUGAGAAUAUCAGCAAUGAGACUUCACUAUAUUAUUUGCUGUCAAACAACCAUAUUAACUCAAUCAUCGUUCAUAAGUUUGAUUUUUCUGAUGAAGAGGUGAUGGCUUAUUACAUUUCCUUCCUCAAAACGCUUUCUCUGAAACUGAAUAGGCACACUAUUCACUUUUUCUAUAAUGAGCAUACGAAUGACUUUGCCCUGUACACAGAAGCGAUCAAGUUUUUCAACCACUCCGAGUCUAUGGUUCGCAUUGCUGUCAGGACUAUCACUCUCAACGUGUUUAAAGUUGACGACAAAGCCAUGUUGUGCUACAUCCGCGAUAGAACAGCUGCCCCUUACUUCUCUAACUUGGUGUGGUUCAUUGGGAACCACAUACUUGACCUGGAUACCUGUGUGAGGCAUGAUCAUGACCACCGUAGCCGAGAUCGUUUGGCUGACCUGGUGGCGGAGCAUCUGGACCACCUCCACUAUCUCAACGAUAUCUUCCUCAUCGACAUUGACACGCUCAACGAAGUGCUCACCGAUAAGCUCAUCAACAGGCUCUUAGUGCCUCUCUACGUCUACUCACUGACCAAGAGGAAGAAAUUUUCAGAGGAACCAGAUGACCGAAAGCAUGUGAGCUCAGUGGUGUCCCUGUUCCUCUUGUCUCAGGUGUUUCUGAUCAUCCGCUAUGGUCCGCUGAUGCAGCAGCUGGCUGAGGUCAUCUUCCAGGGGGACGUGGCUCUCUCUCAGCCCUCAGGCCCCGGACACAGAGACAUGCCCAAAAAGGGCAUAAGAGAGUUCCGGCCCCCAAGGGAGUCCCUGGAGAAGACAUUGGAGAACACGAGGCCCAAGCGGAGUUACGACCCCCAGGACAACCACAGAGACAAAGGGGGCAGUUCCAAGAUGUCCUCUGGCCAGUCCGAGGAAGCUUCUACCUCAGCAGCAGCAGCAGAUGUUCUCAGCUCGCCCUCUACAGAGGGCGCCCGCAGUCCGGGCAGUGAGGUCUGCUCCGGUGACACAGAGCUGUCCAGUCCCACACAGAACUCCACCGAUGAGGAGAAGCUGAUGGGCAGGUCACAACUCAAACUGACCGCUGCCCGAGUCAGUGCCAUGGCAGAGAACCCUCAGAACACAUUCACCCUGGACAACAGACCGUAUCUGGAAGCAGUCUUCAAUGCCUUAGAGUGUAGUGAGAAUGACUACGCAGCCUUAUUUGCUCUCUGUCUGCUGUAUGCCAUGGGAAAAAGCAAUGGAAUUUCUCAAAGUCUCCUUGACAGUGUUUUGAUGCCAACUGAAAGAUCCAAUUGUAAGGACAACUACAAUCUGUUCUUGGUAGAGCGCCUCAUCCGGAUCAUUGAGCUGGCCUGCCAGACAGGUAACAAAGUACGACUGGCCACUCUGGAGAUGAGCACCCGACUCCUGAAACAGCUGGUCAAUAAAGAGGACAAGUCCUACCUUCAGGACCGACACUUGGCCUGCAUUGAGAACGCCCGCGAGUGUUGUACGCAGCUCCUGCGCAAUUUUUACAAGAGUGAAGAAAUAUUUCUGGACAUGUUUGAGGAUGAGUACAGAGAGAUGAAGACUCGUCCCAUGAACGUGGAGUACCUGAUGCAGGACGCAUCCAUCUUGUUACCCCCCACUGGCACGCCCCUCACCGGCAUUGACUUCAACAAACGUCUUCCUUGUGGAGAGGUGGAGCGGGCGCGGAGGGCAAUCCGUGUGUUCUUCAUGGUGCGUGAGUUGUCCCUGAGUCUGAUGCAUGAGGUGGAGACACAGCUGCCACUCACCAAGGAGGAGAUGUGCAUCAAGAUGGAGGACGUCUUGGAUCUCAACAACAGUGACCUCAUUGCUUGUACAGUGGUGAAUAGAGAGAGUCGGCGUCAGGAGCGCAGGUUCCUUGUGAUUGAUCCCGUACAACUGAUCCUAGUCGAGCCAGACUCGAAGAGGCUGGGAUGGGGAGUGGUCAAGUUUGUGGGCUACUUGCAGGACGUGGAAGUUUCUGGAGACAAGGACGACAGCCGCCUGCUCCACGUGGUUGUUCAUAAGCCUCAGUCCUCAGUCCACGCCAAGCCCAUACCCAUCCUGUCGGCUCGGUUUGUCUUUGACGACCACAUUCGCUGCAUGGCUGCCAAACAGCGGCUCAUCAAGGGCCGUCAGCGAGCUCGCCAGCAGAAGAUGACCACCAUUGAGAGACUGCUGGACAUUGCGCAUAAUGAGGAGAGGGGACAUUUCACCCGCUCUGGUCCUAUCCCAGGUCGCAGUCACCCGGUGCGUGUGGACAGCAGCAAGGGCAACUCGAGCAGUUCUUCCUCCUCCACUCUGGUCUCCUCCAGCUCCACCAACUCGCUCAGCUCUGGCUCCAACAACACCACAGCAGUAUCCACACUGGCCACAGCCACCACCACCACCAGCACCGCAGCGGCCAUUGGAGUUUCGGGCAAAGCAGCCCGGCGGGUCACGCCCGAGCAGAAACGUCUACUGCAAGCCAAAGCUGCUCAGAAGAGCAAGAGCAAGCAGAACCAGCAGCAGCAGGGGGCAAAUGGUGGGGGUGCUGGCUCAAGGGGGUCAACGCCGCUGAGAGACAGUCCGGGCCGGGAGUUGGCUGGGGUUGAGACCGCUAUGUCAGCAAUUGAGCUGGAUGAGGUCGCCUUCGCCUCCUCCAUGGCUGCACAGUCUUUGAACCAGAGCUCUGGCGCAGACUCAGGGUUGUCUAACUCUUCGUCACCCACGCUGUCUCUGCGAUCCCAGCACAGGUCCAUGUCAGGAGUGGGCAGAGGUGGUGAUGGGAACAACAGUCAUGUGAUGGAGAUUCCUAUGGAAGAUUUGUCUCACAAAAGUCACCUGAGGUCAGGAUCGAGUGAACGCACUAAACCGAGCGGCCUGGCUCACCGGAGUAUUUUUCGCUUCCAGCGCAGCCACUCCCAUAGCCCCACUCGCAGCAACAGCAGCAAACAGCAAGAGACCAGCGCUUCAGUUGUGGCCGCCACCGCAUCCAAGACGGAAGUCUCUCGAAGGCUUUCGGCUCCCGUGAUGCUCAAUUCCAGUGGCAAAACGCCUGUGGUUAAAGUAUCAACAGCCACUCAGGUGGGCAGGCCACAUAGUCACAGCAAUCCCAUGGAGCCUAUUGGUCAUAGACUGUCUGCCUCCGGAGGGGUCAACAAUGUCCCAGUGCGGCGCCGCUGCCUGUCGGGACCCUCCCCCGUGGCCACGCUCAGGGCAGCCGAUGCGCCUGCCGUGUCUCUUGUGUCCCAGCACGUUGACCCAAAAUCCUCCGGGGCUACUGUUCCCAUUCCUCAACUUCUACCCCCUGUCGAUGCCCUCCAGGGGACAUCACAGAGCCAUGCUGGUCAAGCUCAGGCGGGAGAUCAUUCCUCAAUCACGGCUGUGUCAAGUGGUAUCGGCGCGCGACCUAAGCAGUAUCCGCUGACAGCAACAGGUCAUGGUGGUGCUUCUUCACGUCAGACUCCGGAGUUCAAAGUCCCACAGGCCCCUACAGAGGCAGGCACUGUCACAAGUGGCAGUACCAUCAGUGUCGGUGUCGGGAGCAGUAGUGGUGGUGGUCUCACAGCCCACAAGCUAAGCCUUCAUGGCUUGCAACACGGUGGGCCCAUUGUCUCCGUACGAGAAGACGGGAGGUCGGGGGGUGCGACCGCUGCCAGUGCCAUCAGUCCGGAAACACCAUCCAGUGACUCUGCCGUGUCCAGUGAUGCCAGCAUGAUCAGUGUGAGCAGCAUGGCCAGUGAGAGCUCCAUGGACGUGGACUCGGACAACGCAGGCGUGCCUGGCCUCCCGUCCUCCGUGCUGCGCGGGGCUGGGGCUGUUCUGGUGGCCAGUGGGGGCCCGCGGCGGGAUGAACCAGUGGUCGGCGGGAAGCCAGAUGGUGCCUCGGCCUCGCAACAGUUGACCCAGCUGGCUCAGAUGGUGCAGGAACACUACCCGUACAAGGCCAGCGAGGCCAAGCACCACCACACAGGCUGAACAACAACAUUGGCUCUCUCAUACCCAGAGCUGAGGGGAUAUAGUCCAAACGUUAUCGGACUCUGCCUUGAAACCACUAUAAUAUCAGAAUUUUCUUGGGAGUAAAAAGCAAUUUUGUUUACCACCAUAGAUGGUACUCGGUUCUGUUCUUAUACGAUAUAGUGCUUUAUUAUAUGUUUUCAAGGGAGCUUGAACAAUACACUUGGUACGGAAUGAAAUUGCAUCAGGAGAUUUUAAACUCUGACUCACAGAUGUCUCUAUAGGCUGUAUAUAGAACUACAUAAGUUACAGUGGGUUUUGUCUGUGUGUGUCUGGAUGCUGAAGACACAGGGUUGAAGGUUUUGUUGUCUCAGGUGCUGUAGCUGUUUUACUCUUUUGUAAAUGGGAAGCCUUCAGCCCUGGCUCUUGUCUCAUACAACAGUGAAGGUGUAUUUUUUUUAACCAGAAGUUUUUUUUAAAAAUAGUAUUUUAAACUGGUCUAAAUACACCAUAUCCCAAGUGUAUAUCAGUGCCUGAUCUAUUGGUAUCGCUGAAUAAGUGGGCUCGUAAACUGAAUUUUUGUUGUAGUUCAUAUGGCCAUUGUUAAUCAAGAUAUUUUUUUCCUUUUUUGGGGUUUACUUUUAUUUUUGUUUGGAAAAGAGAGACUUUUUCCUUUAUCUGUGGUUUUAGAAGUUAAAUUUUGGUCAACUUUUUGCAAUGCAAAAUUUAGUCUUGUUUAAAUUAGUGGAUGCAGUUGUUUUAGCCAGUUUCUUUAUGUCUGGGAAUAGAGGUUUUCUGCUGUAUACACAUGUAUAUGUCAUUAUUGUUAACUGUACGACUAUACUGAGAGGCAGCUCAGUUGUAUAAGGUUUUGCCAUUUUCACUGUCUGGUCCCUUAUCUCAUUAUAAGGUGUGGAUUCUUGCAAUAUUCUUAUCUAGCCCAUUUUGUGCUCAAAGAUGUCGGUAAUUGUUUUCAAAGAACAAAGAACAUCAGAAUAUAAUUUUUUGUUUACAUGCAUUUGUAUGUAAAGAAGUGGUGUGUGUGUGUG